GCUGUCUCGUCAUGGAGCCAGACCAAUAUUAAGGCUCACUUACUCUGCCAUCACGGUCCUGGGUCAUCUGUUGACUCGUCUGCGACGGCCAUUAGGUGGAGCAACAUCCACUAAUCUUGCUCAUGUUUCUCCAUCUUUCCUAUGUAUGUACUGAUCUCACUUAAAAUAGCUCUUAUCUCCUUUCGACGAGUUUUCUCGUCCCUGGACCGUUACUCUGAUUUGAGCUACGCUAGAGAUAGGUUGGAUUCUCUUCUCCAAUUACUGAAGGAAAAUCCGGAAAAGAUAAAACAAAGCUCAAAAUUUAAAGAUGAAGCGCUAGGAAGAAAGGAUUGCGGUGCACCGGAUCUCAAACGAAAGAAGAGGCGGUUACCGUUAGACGAAGACGACAACUUCAGAGAGUCAUUUGUUAUUAAAGUUUUCGAGAGAAGCGUUGAUUUCGGGCAAUUCGGUGAAAAUGCACCUCUAUACCCAAUGGCACGGGCUUGGAUCCGCAAUUUAAACCAAGGUGACGCCUCCUCGUGGAAUGACAUUCCAGCGCCGGAUGAUGACCAAGAAAAUCCUGACCAAUUGGCCGAUUGUCAUUAUGCUCUGCCCAAACCGAAUGACGGUCUGACCGAUAACGAUAUAAGAAUACCGACUCCGCUACCCUCGGACGGACAACCGUUUCUGAUUAAUGUUGAUGAUCCUCCCAAGGAAAUGUCACCUGAAGGAUUGCUGGAGCAGCACAUUGCAAGGUGGAGAGAAAUUAGGCAAAAAUGGAAAGCUGCUUGCCGGGACAACGAGGAGCGUUACAUGGCGUCGUAUGUUAUUUUGAAGGAAACUUACGACAAGUUUUGCAAAGAUAUUGCAUAAUAUUACAUUUGUUUGUCGCGUUUCUAUCUCUUUAUGUGUUUUUACUAAGACACCGCAGUAGC